GAGAGCAGUAGGUUGCGCUUAACAGCACUGUACCAUCGUCCCGCACCAUCGGAGCUUCGUGGGUGAAAUCUGCGUGGGCCCGUAGCAGCACGACAUUAGCCAGCAUGCCUGCGGAAAUCCUCAGUGGCAAAGUAGUCUCCGGAUUGGUCCGUGAGAGACUGAAAACUGAAGUUGCUGCUAUGAAGGAAAAGGUCCCUGGUUUCAGCCCUGGAUUGGCCAUUGUGCAGGUGGGAGACAGAGAUGACUCGAAUCUCUACAUCAGCAUGAAACUUAAAGCUGCUGCAGAGAUUGGGAUCAGUGCCAGCCAUGUGAAGCUGCCGAAGACUGCCACAGAAGCCGAGGUACUGAGCAAGAUAAUGUCCAUAAAUGAGGAUCCCGCAUAUCACGGGAUGAUUGUACAGUUGCCUUUGGAUUCUGAUCAUCCAAUCAACACUGAAAAAGUCACCAAUGCAGUAUCACCUGCCAAAGAUGUGGAUGGGUUAACUAGUAUAAAUGCUGGAAAACUUGCCCGGGGUGAUCUUGGCGACUGCUUUAUACCUUGUACUCCAAAGGGCUGCAUGGACCUUAUCAAACAAACAGGUGUUCAGAUUCCAGGGAAAAGGGCGGUAGUUAUUGGGCGCAGUAAGAUUGUUGGUGCUCCGAUGCAUGACCUGCUACUGUGGAAUCACGCUACAGUCACAACCUGCCACUCCAAGACAGCAUCCCUCAAUGAAGAGGUAAGCAGAGCAGACAUUUUGGUUGUUGGAGCUGGGAAGCCAGAAAUGGUUAAAGGUGACUGGAUCAAGCCUGGUGCCAUUGUCAUAGACUGCGGAAUCAAUUAUGUCCCAGACCCAAAUAAACCAUCUGGAAAGCGAGUAGUGGGAGAUGUUGCUUAUGUAGAAGCUAAGGAAAAGGCCUCUUACAUCACUCCAGUCCCAGGCGGGGUUGGCCCUAUGACUGUAGCUAUGCUAAUGGAGAAUACAGUGGAAAGUGCAAAACGAUACCUUGUCCAAUUCCAGCCUCACAAAUGGAACAUAGAGUACAACAAGCUGCACCUGAAGGUUCCAGUUCCCAGUGACAUUGAAAUUUCUCGUUCUUGCAUUCCGAAACCUAUUGCAAAAAUUUCUGAAGAAAUUGGUUUACUUUCGCAAGAGGUAGAAUUAUAUGGUCAGACUAAGGCCAAAGUUCUACUGUCCACGCUCAAGCGGCUGCAAAACCGAGAGGAUGGCAAAUACGUUGUUGUAACUGGAAUAACUCCAACUCCUCUGGGAGAAGGGAAGAGUACCACCACAAUUGGCUUAGUGCAAGCCCUCGGCGCUCAUCUCAACCUAAAUGUGUUUGCCUGUGUUAGGCAGCCAUCACAAGGACCAACAUUUGGGAUUAAAGGAGGAGCAGCAGGAGGAGGAUAUUCCCAGGUCAUCCCAAUGGAAGAGUUUAACCUUCACCUAACCGGGGAUAUCCAUGCCAUCACUGCUGCCAACAAUCUGGUUGCUGCUGCUAUUGAUGCCCGUAUCUUCCAUGAACUGACACAGUCUGACAAGGCAUUGUAUAGCCGGCUAGUUCCUUCCAACAACGGAGUUCGGAAAUUCUCAGAUAUUCAGAUCAGAAGACUUCGGAGGCUGGGCAUUGAGAAAACAGACCCUGCGGCUUUAACAGAGGAAGAAAUAAACAAGUUUGUCAGGCUGGAUAUUGACCCAGACACCAUCACAUGGCAGAGAGUACUUGACACAAAUGAUCGCUUCCUGAGAAAAAUUACCAUUGGCCAGGCCCCGACAGAGAAGGGAUUCACGCGCACGGCCCAGUUUGAUAUUUCUGUAGCAAGUGAAAUCAUGGCCGUUCUGGCCCUAACUGAUGGACUGGAUAACAUGAGGGAACGUCUGGGCAAAAUGGUGGUAGCCUCCAGUAAGAAAGGAGAGCCUGUCAGCACAGAAGAUUUGGGAGUAAGCGGUGCUUUGACUGUCCUAAUGAAGGAUGCGGUGAAGCCCAAUCUGAUGCAGACGAUGGAGGGAAAUCCUGUGUUUGUCCACGCUGGACCUUUUGCAAACAUCGCACAUGGGAACUCCUCCAUUUUGGCUGAUAAAAUUGCACUAAAGCUUGUUGGUCCUGAAGGAUUUGUUGUGACUGAAGCUGGGUUUGGGGCAGACAUUGGAAUGGAGAAGUUCUUCAACAUCAAGUGCAGAUACUCUGGCCUGCGGCCUCAUGUAGUUGUGCUGGUGUCCACUGUGAGAGCACUGAAGAUGCAUGGUGGAGGGCCAACAGUUACUGCUGGAGUUCCAUUACCAAAGGAAUACACUGAAGAGAACCUGGACCUGAUUGAGAAAGGGUGUAGCAACCUUCGUAAACAGAUUGAGAAUGCCACCAUUUUUGGAGUCCCUGUGGUUGUUGCUGUCAAUGCUUUCAAAACAGAUACAGAGGCUGAACUGGAUAUUGUUUGUGAUCUUGCGAAGAAGGCUGGAGCCUUUGAUGCCAUUAGAUGCACUCACUGGGCAGAUGGUGGCAAGGGGGCGGUAGCACUGGCACAAGCGGUACAAAGAGCAUCUCAGGCACCCAGCAACUUCAAGUUUCUCUAUGAUGUGCAGCUUCCUAUUGCAGAUAAGAUCCGGAUUAUUGCACAGAAAAUAUAUGGGGCAGAUGACAUUGAACUCCUCCCUGAAGCACAGAAGAAGGCUGACUUGUAUACCAAACAGGGAUUUGGGAAUCUGCCGGUCUGCAUGGCUAAAACCCACCUGUCUUUAUCACAUAACCCAGAAUUGAAAGGGGUUCCUACAGGGUUUGUUUUGCCCAUCCGAGAUAUAAGGGCCAGCGUGGGAGCCGGAUUCUUGUAUCCACUAGUUGGAACAAUGAGCACAAUGCCGGGGCUUCCAACCAGACCCUGCUUCUACGACAUUGAUCUGGAUCCAGUCUCUGAGCAAGUCAAUGGAUUGUUCUAAAACUUUAGACCCCAAGAUCUUGAUAAAGCUGACAAACUGUGAAAAUUAGAGAAAAAGAUGUAAUGACAUUUAUCCGGGACAAUCUUAUAAUUGCAAUUUUAAGAUGGAAUUUUUUUAAAAAACAUUUUAUGUAUGUUUGUCAUCUUUUCAGUUUCAAUCUUUAAAAUAAUAACAUAAAUUUUUACGAACGACAA